AGCGCGGGGGCGCCUGCGCAGUGCGGCGGGAGGCGGCGGUCUGUUCUCCGCUGAGGAGGAGCGGGGCAGAGGAGGGAGGCAGCGGGUGAGAGUUCAGAGUUCAGCAGCAGCAGCCCGAGCCCAUGAUUCCCAUAUGCCCUGUAGUUUCUUUCACCUAUGUGCCCAGCCGGCUGGGGGAAGAUGCCAAAAUGGCGACCGGCAACUACUUUGGAUUCACCCACAGCGGGGCGGCGGCGGCGGCGGCUGCGGCCCAGUAUAGUUCUGUUCUCUGGAGCAGCAUGGACCAGCAGCCAGCUUCGGGUGUAGCCUACUCUCAUCCAACUACGGUUGCUAGCUACACUGUCCAUCAGGCUCCAGUAGCUGCUCACACAGUUACUGCUGCCUAUGCACCAGCAGCCGCCACAGUUGCAGUUGCCAGGCCUGCUCCAGUAGCUGUUGCAGCUGCUGCAACAGCUGCUGCAUAUGGAGGGUACCCCACUGCACACACAGCAACUGACUAUGGUUAUACACAGAGGCAACAAGAAGCACCUCCACCACCGCCCCCAGCUACUACACAAAACUACCAGGACUCGUACUCAUAUGUAAGAUCCACAGCUCCUGCUGUAGCUUAUGAUAGUAAGCAGUACUACCAACAACCAACAGCAACUGCAGCUGCUGUAGCUGCUGCCGCCCAGCCUCAGCCUUCUGUUGCUGAGACCUACUAUCAGACAGCCCCUAAAGCAGGUUAUAGCCAAGGUGCAACUCAGUAUACACAAGCCCAGCAAACUCGACAAGUGACAGCCAUAAAACCAGCCACACCAAGUCCAGCUACCACUACUUUCUCCAUUUAUCCUGUAUCCUCCACCGUACAGCCAGUAGCAGCUGCAGCUACUGUGGUGCCGUCCUAUACCCAGAGUGCUACUUAUAGUACCACGGCAGUUACUUAUUCUGGUACAUCUUAUUCAGGUUACGAAGCAGCCGUCUAUUCAGCUGCAUCCUCCUACUACCAACAACAGCAGCAGCAACAGAAGCAGGCGGCGGCGGCGGCGGCAGCAGCUGCUGCAACAGCUGCUUGGACAGGGACCACCUUCACUAAAAAAGCACCAUUCCAAAAUAAACAACUGAAACCAAAACAGCCUCCCAAACCACCCCAGAUUCACUAUUGUGAUGUUUGUAAGAUCAGCUGUGCUGGACCACAGACUUACAAAGAACAUUUAGAAGGGCAGAAACAUAAAAAAAAAGAAGCUGCAUUGAAAGCCUCACAGAAUACCAGCAGCAGCAACAACUCCACUCGUGGGACUCAAAAUCAGCUACGUUGUGAGCUCUGCGAUGUGUCUUGUACAGGAGCAGAUGCGUAUGCUGCCCACAUUCGUGGUGCUAAGCAUCAGAAAGUGGUUAAAUUACACACAAAACUUGGCAAACCCAUUCCUUCAACAGAACCAAACGUUGUUAGCCAAGCUACUUCUUCAACAGCCGUGUCUGCUUCAAAACCAACUGCCUCUCCUUCAAGCAUUGCAGCAAGCAAUUGUACUGUGAAUACUUCAUCAAUUGCAACUUCUUCAGUGAAAGGUCUUACAACUACAGGAAACUCGUCUCUUAAUAGCACAGCCAACGCUAAAGUAUCAGCAGUGCCUGCAAAUAUGGCUGCCAAGAAAACAUCUACACCCAAAAUAAACUUUGUUGGUGGUAAUAAGCUGCAAUCAACCGGAAAUAAAACAGAAGACUUAAAAGGAACCGAAUGUGCUAAAAGCACUCCUGUCACUGCUGUACAGAUCCCGGAAGUAAAGCCAGACACAGUGUCAGAACCAGUCACACCUGCGUCCCUUGCUGCUUUGCAGAGUGAUGUGCAGCCGGUGGGCCAUGAUUAUGUGGAGGAGGUACGAAAUGAUGAAGGAAAAGUAAUUCGAUUCCAUUGCAAAUUGUGCGAGUGCAGCUUUAAUGAUCCCAAUGCUAAGGAGAUGCACUUAAAAGGGCGAAGACACAGACUUCAAUAUAAAAAAAAAGUAAAUCCAGAUCUGCAAGUAGAAGUAAAACCCAGUAUUCGAGCAAGAAAGAUUCAAGAAGAGAAAAUGAGGAAGCAAAUGCAGAAAGAGGAGUAUUGGCGAAGAAGAGAAGAAGAGGAACGCUGGAGAAUGGAAAUGAGACGUUAUGAAGAGGACAUGUACUGGAGAAGAAUGGAGGAAGAACAGCAUCAUUGGGAUGAUCGCCGCCGAAUGCCUGACGGAGGCUAUCCUCAUGGUCCCCCAGGCCCACUAGGCCUCCUGGGAGUCCGACCAGGCAUGCCUCCUCAGCCGCAGGGGCCUGCACCCUUACGUCGUCCUGACUCAUCUGAUGAUCGAUAUGUAAUGACAAAACAUGCAACCAUUUAUCCAACUGAAGAGGAAUUACAGGCAGUUCAGAAAAUUGUUUCUAUCACUGAACGUGCUUUAAAACUUGUUUCAGACAGCUUGUCUGAGCAUGAGAAGAGCAAGAGCAAAGAGGGAGAUGAUAAGAAAGAGGGAGGUAAAGACAGAGCUUUAAAAGGAGUUUUGCGAGUGGGAGUAUUGGCAAAAGGAUUACUUCUCCGAGGAGAUAGAAAUGUCAACCUUGUUUUGCUGUGCUCAGAGAAACCUUCAAAGACAUUAUUAAGCCGUAUUGCAGAAAACCUACCCAAGCAGCUUGCUGUUAUAAGUCCUGAGAAGUAUGACAUAAAAUGUGCAAUUUCUGAAGCGGCAAUAAUUUUGAACUCAUGUGUGGAACCCAAAAUGCAAGUCACUAUCACCCUGACGUCUCCAAUUAUUCGAGAAGAGAACAUGAGGGAAGGAGAUAACUGCAGUAAAUCAUGUCUUUAGCUUCAUUAUGAAGAUUGCUGCAGAAUAACGGUAUGUAUUCUCUCUCACUGCAGCUCUGAAUGCUCUGUGUCUUAAAAUCAUUUAAAGCCUAUAGCUUGCUUUGGGGAGUUAGUACAGGGGUAAGGAAGGCUUUGCCGGAAGAGCACUUGUAAAUCGUGAGACUGGCGACUUGCGCAUAGUUGUGGUAGCCUCUUAAUGCGUAAUGGUCCUGUUUGAUACCAAAAAUUAUUUAAAGGAGAUGAUUAAAUUGCCCAAAUAACUGUUAAACACAUUACAGAUCUAUUUUAUGUUACUGUGUUUGACAGUUAAACAUUAAGUAAACAUUUAAUUGACUUGAAGCUUGAAAUGUACAAAAUGCUCUAACCCUUGCUACAGCGUCUCUUCUGUAGCAAGUCAAGUAUUAUGUGUGUUUUCUUCCACCUUUAGCUUAUCAGGCCCGGUCCAAAGCCUUCUAGCAGAGGGAAUUGAUUCCUGUCAGGGGUUGCUGCCAAGACAUCGGAAGGAUUUUUGACCAAGGUUUUCAAAAGCUCAGUGUCACACCUGCCAUUUGAUUAAGGAGGGAUUUUGGAUGCAGAGUCUGGCAUUUAUUGUCCUUUGUGUGGCUGUUUUGUUUGUUUUGUCUUUGUCUCUCCUAGAAUUGAGCAGUGUUCACACUAGUUUUUAAAUUGUUGGGUGGAUUACAUAUUUUACAUAACCAUGUUAAUUUAAAUUAAUAUAUUCCCAUUAACUUUUAAUCAUAAAAUAGUGUGGACACAGCAUGUCUUCUAACUGGUGAUUAACCCCUUAAAAUUUAUGAAACACACUUUUGUAGGGUAAGAAUUUGCUUUCUUUUAAAUAAAUUAACUGGUUUUGUUUUGUUAACUGGGUAUUAGGAAGAAAGUAUGAUCUUAGUACAAUAUAUCUAAGGGGUUAAUCCACUUGAAAUAUAGAAUGGGUGCAAAAAUCCACACUCUAAAUUUGCCAGAAAUUUCCUACUUAUAGCUCUUAAGUUGUUUUUAAAUUGCAAUAGGUGUCUUGGCAUCUUUGAAAUUAUAUCAUUAAUUUAAAUUUCCAAAGUUAUGAAUGCUUGUGUGCAAAAGGAAAACUUUUCUUCCGUAUUGGAGGAAAUUAAAACAUGAAUUAACAUUAAAAAUUCAGAAACUUUUAGAAAGAGAUUGCACAUUAUCACCUAUUUGCAUUUUAGCUUUAGCAGAUAAUGUAAAUAAAUAAGGGACAUGGAAAGGGUUCUUCAGCAUGUUCUGUAACCUUGCUUUGGGGAGUGGUUUUUUGUUGUUGUUGUUUCUUGCUUUUUUUUACUUCUUUAAUUAGCUGUGCUUUCCUGUGUUCCUUUUCCUUCUCUCAGAAUAGCCCAUUUCUUAUGUUCAUUAUACUUCUGGAUUCAGUAGUUGGUUUUUCAGGUUUUGAGAUUGUUUAUUAGUUUUUAAAAAUUACUACUAUUUCUGACUUGAUACUUUUCUUUUUAGUACCCACAUUCCUCUUUCAGUGUUCAUUUUCAGAAUGCCACACAGUGUUCUUUGAUUAUCUGUAAAAUUCCCUUCUAAUAUGUAUUCUGAAAAUUUGUGCCAUCUGAUUAUGUAAGGAGUAGGAACUAAGAAUAAAAAGCCCAGACAAGGGAUGAAAUUCUUUAUUACUUUUUAAAUAUGCUUUUUAAUAUGUCAUCUACGCAAAAUAAGGACAGAUAUCUUUUAAGAUUUCUGAAUGCUCAUAUAAAAAUAGACAAAUAAUUUGCCCAGCGUUGCUAGUACUCUUAAAGUAAAAUCAUCUUCAUGUUUUCUUUUAUCGUAUAUUUCAUCUUUUGUCCCACAUAUUCAUUUGGUGCCCUCAAUGAUUUAUAAAAUUAUAUCCUAAAUGUCCCAUAAUUUUGGUGCUUUUUAUCUAGAAGACUGUUUUCAGUAGCUUACUUGCCUGGUAUGUAAUUUUCCUAUAUUUAGAAAAUAUUUUAAAAUCACCACAGUUGUGAAUUAGAUUGACUUAUACCUAUGAAUAGUUUGAUUAGCAAAUUUGAUUAGCAACUUUUAUACACAGUUUACAGAUAUGUUUUAGAUGAACGUAAAGCUGGCCUUUUAUGAAUGAAAAGUUAACUUCUUGUCCUGAUUUAGGUUCAGAUUUUCUUAAGUUUUAUAUAGCUCAUUUAUGUUUUAAUACAAUAAUCUGAUUAAAAUCAGUUAUUAUAACUGACUUGCAACUUAAAAGAUUCUACAGAUAUAUCAUCAAACCAUUCUGCUUACUGCAUCUGUUCUAUUUCUAUACUUAUUCUAUUUAACCAUGCUAGUUCCUAUUGCCCUUUUCUACUUUACUCAUUGUUUCUCUCCAAUUAUUCUUUGAAUUACUUCAUGGGAACUUUGAAUUUUAAAGGGCAUUUCAUAUUCCCUUAAUUCUUAAAGCUAAAAUUCUCUUGUGGAAGAGAAGUCAUUGAACUCUUAGAAAUGCCUAUUUUUGGCUCUUUAUUUUUUUUCUAUGAUUAUUACUUCAUUGAUCAUCCCAUAUUUAUUGUUAGUUCUUUGACAUAUUAGCCCCAGAAUAACCUAUGACCAUUUAAAAUACUGAACAAACUCAGUAGUUUAUUGUACAUUCUCAUUUAUUAAGGUGGAUUUUUGUGUUCCCUUUUGUCUUGUCGUCUUUGUGCUGGUGCGCUGUGUCCAGUAAUCCUUCCUUUUGAUUUUAUUUUGGUGGGUAGGGUUUAUAUUUGCAGAAAUUAUUUAUUAUAUUUCUAAAAUAAAGAGUUUAAUUCUCAUCUUGAUCUUCAUGUUAGAUUAUGUGAAUUUGUUGAAAAUAACUCCCUGGGUACUUUAAAGUGUUGACAGACUCUCAAAUGGCUCAUGUGACACUGAUGCUACUUUAAGGAAGUGUCUUGCUCACCUGGUCAAACACCCAUUCCUCACUGCAUUUUGCCAAUUCAAUCCAUUUUAGAUGUAACCUCGGGUAUGGU